AUGUUUGGCCAAUUCAGGAGCAAUUACAAAGCCCACAAGUGGGCUUUGCUUUUUUGUGCGAUAUCAGCAAUCGGGGCCCUGGUGUACGGCUAUGACAACACUUAUUACAAUGGAGUUCUUGCAAUGCAAACAUUCAAGAACCACUAUGGCGAUCAUCUAGAUGAGAACGGCAAGAAGGCGUUGAAAGUCAGCUUCACUUCCCUCUCAGCUUCCUCCAUCUACAUUGGCGACCUUUUCGGUGCACUCUUUUCUGCCCCCAUCAACGAUAGAUAUGGCCGCAAGGUGACCUUUUGGUUUGCCUCCGUCAGCAUUCUCAUUGGAGGUAUCAUACAAGUUGCCGACACAAACUACGAAGCCCUCAUUGUCGUUGGUCGUAUAAUCAUCGGUCUUGGAGUCGGAGCUUUCACAGUUACUUCCCUUCUUUAUAUUGGAGAAGUCGCACCAGUACAGAUUCGUGGUCCUUCUCUCAUGAUGUUCCAGUUCCUCCAAUCUUGCUCUCAACUCAUCGCUGCCGGUCUCACCCAAGGCACGGAAAAAUUGAGUAGCACCUUGUCAUACAAACUUCCCAUGGGUGGUCUCAUCAUCCUACCUUUAAUGAUGUUCAUUGGUUUACCAUUCAUCCCCGAGAGCCCAGUUUGGUUCGGCAUGAAGGGUAGAAAAGAGGAGGCAGAAAGGGCACUACGAGCAAUCAACAGGUCUAAUAAGACUUACGACCCUUCCGAUGAUCUCGCUAUGCUAGAAGAUGCGAGAGCAAGGGAACAGGAAACAGCUGCAGAGUCAAGCUGGAGGGCAUUGUUGGUAAACCCCAUUGAGCGCAAGAAAGUCAUUUGGUCUGCGGGUGCUCUCUACGCUCAGCAAAUCUGCGGUAUCCUCUUCUUCUACGUAUACGGCGUCGUCUUCGCCCAGGCUAUCGGAAUCAAGGAGCCAUUCAUGAUCCAAUUGGCCACCAACAUUCUCCAAAUCUUCGCUGUUGCUGCCGCUGUGAUAACCGGUAACAAAAUACGUCGACGAACAAAUCUUCUCGCGACCACAUCCUUGAUGUUGAUUGCAUUCCUUGUCAUUGGAGGAAUCGGUACACAACAGGAUCUCACAACAUCAUCGCAAUACGUUAUCGUUGUUUUCUCCUUUGUUGUUAUUGUCGCCUUCAACUUUGGAUUGGGUCCAUUAGCUUAUACCGUUGCAAGAGAGAUGGCAGUAGGAACCAACCAGAAUAAGAUUAUGUCCAUGUCGAUCGUCAUAUUCUACUUCACUACCUGGGCUGUCUCAUUCUCUGCACCAUACAUGUACUAUUCAGCUGGCCUCGGACCAAUGCUCGGCUUUGUCUAUGCUGGAACAACUCUUACAUCCCUCGCAUAUAUUUACUUCUGCGUGGGUGAGACGACAGGCAGGACAAAUGACGAAAUUAGCCUGCUUUUGGCAUCGAACGUUCCUGCACGGAGAUGGAGAACACAUGUGUUUCCAGAGGCUAUUGCUAUUUAUGAGGAAAAAGACCGGAGUAGCAGCAGUAUUGAAGGCAAGGAACAGGUUGAGCACUUUGAGCCGUCUGGCAAAUUAUCUGUCUAA